UGAUAAGAGGAAGAGACAACUUUUUUUUUUUUUUUUUAACUUGUCUGCCUCUGAUUGGCUGCGGAAGCAAUAAAGUGCAGUGUGACCGGGUGCAAGUCCUCCGCCGGUACUGGCUGGCUGCGAAGGGGCGGGCUUAGCCCCUCUAGGGUGUCAUCUCCGCGCCGACGGUCAAUCGUUUGUUUUUAUUAUGAGAAAAGUUCGAUUCGGGGAGACACGGGCGAGCGCAGCUGGACAAAGGUAAGUCCGCCGAGCCACGCUUUGCCACCCUGUGCACGGGUCGCGUGAUGAUUGGCAAUAAAAGGACGCUGAGCUACAUGGAGUCCUUGGGCCACGGGAAAGUCGCCCGGCUGGACAAGAUGAACCCGCAGGGCAGCGGUACAGGCCUGUGUAAAGCCAGGGGUCUGCCACCUUACUCCACCGAGGACCCGCUCAACUACAAUGGCACCUACUUUGCUUACUACCUAAAGGGCCAGGACGGCUCCGAUGUGCCCUUGCGGUGGAGCCCCCCGGGCCCAUACCUGCAUGACAGAAGAAACACAGUGGUCCAUCCGUUGACCUCGGAGAGGCCUUUGCCCUCUGGACUGAUGUACCGACCGGAGAAGGACUUAGGGCAAGCCUUUGCCCCGGAGAAGACGUCCCCCUUGCUGCUUGGCGACAAGUGGGGUGACUUUGUGGACAGGCAGAGCAAAGUGAGCCACGGUUCUGGACUGCACGCCCCGGUGGCCGUUAGGAAGAUGGCCCUCGGCGGCACAGCAGGAAACGCUCCCCCGGAACACUCGGUGGGCAGUCUUGCCAUUCCCAAGCCCCUCUACAAGACAAGAAUCUGCUGCGCGGAUGCCGAAUGUAAGACACGCGGCUGUGUGCCCCUGGAGCCGGAGGCCGAGCGCAUCCAAGGACGUCCGUAUGAGGCAGACUGGCGGGGCAGUUCGGCGGGGCUGUGCUACGGUGCCCUGCCAGCCCUGGACAAGCGGACAUCGCUGCUGGAGGCCGACUCGCUUCAGCUGGAGCCAAGCGGCGCUACUCGGCGCCAGUCAAAGGAGCUGGGUCAUCCCGGCUACGUGCCUGCAGGUCAUUUGGGAGCAGUGGGUGUGUCGGCAUUUCCAGACCCCAGCUACAACGCGGUGCCCUUUAACGGCCCCCCUCAUGCGUUGCCCGUUUCCUCCCACAAAGGGUGUGUCAACGUUUCACAGCCCUCCGACGUCUACCACCAUGACGCGCCUGCUGGCCUUCCCAAAGGCUACCACGAGAUGCACGUGGCGCCCCACUCCCGCUUGCCAACCCCCAUCUAUCAGGAGAGGUCACCCGUUUCCAAAUUUGCCCAUCUGCCCCAAAGACAUUUGUAUCUUUGCCCGCCUGGCGCCCUGGACUUGGACAAGUCUCCAAAUUACAAAGUACUGGAGCAUCAGUUUGUGAACGAAUCCUCGAGCCUCAGCCCGCAGAACAUCAGGGGCUCGUAUCCCCCCAGGUCGGAGCGAUAUGUUUAUCGGAGUCCCCCUCCGCCAUACAGUGCGGCUGUCUCCCUCCCGUACGCCGUGAUUCCUACUGGCGCUCCGAGUCUCUCCUCUGCCGGGCGAUAUGACCUCCCCUCUUACCCAUACAAGCACCACCAUGGCCCGGGGGGGCUGAAGAGGGCAUUUUCCGAGACGGCCGGCCCGCCAGUACAAAUGGAGAUGGCAGACCGUGGCGUGAGCGUGGCGGCUCAUAAACUCCACGUGAUGGUCCCAUCCAGAGAGUUCGGCAGCUACCGGCACGGCCCCAGCGCUUUCCAUCCAGUGCACGGCUCUUACGGCAUCGACAACUCCACCCGUGUCCCGAGCGAGGCAUCUGCCUACUGCCAGGCUGGCAUCUACUCAGACAGGAAUGCCGUCCCCGGCAUGGGACAGAGUGCCGCAGCGUUCCCGGAAUGCAGAAGGCCAGGCGGCGAGGUGGAUGGUCUGGGCCUGAUGGACUCCCCUCGCGGCCGGCCGCAGGAAGACGGCGAAGGGGCCUAUGCUGCCGGGGGCUCUGAUGGGAGGAUGGACGAGAAGCAGAAAGCGGCGGUGGGAGAAGAGGACACCGCCUGCCCCUCUUCGCCACCCAUGCCAGUGAUCAACAACGUGUUCAGUUUGGCUCCCUACAAAGCCUACUUGGAGGCCUCUGGGAUUCUGCCCUCGCAGAGUGACGUUAAGGAUGGCGCGCCCCGCCUAAAGAGCCCAAAGGUGGAGGAGCGCAGCGAGCCAGAUGGUCCGAAGCAGGAAGUGGAGAGGGCCGAGCUGGGCCCCUGCAAGCGGGAAGUGGAAACGGAGGAUGCCGGUGGGUACCCGCUGAAGCAGGAGGACAGAGACGUGUGUGACGCGGGCCCGCCGAGGCUCUUUGAACGCGACAUUAAAGUAGAAGACAUGCAGGGGGAAGAUACGGCGCUGGACCUCCGAGUCAAGAAGCCAACAGAUGGCCAAGUGGUCUCUGCAGUCAAAGCGGAAGCCGCCGAUGAAUCUCCUCGCGCCAACGGCAGGCCCUCUGCUGAACCUUUUGCGCUCAAGCCAUCUUCGCGGACCCUCGGAGAUUCCCGGCCAGACGGCGCCGGUCAAGUCUGCCCUUUGUAUGAGCAGAGUCCCCUGCCGUGCCUCAAGCUGUCGGCCAUUAAGCUCAUUUUGCCCGAUAUUGUCAAGACGGCGCCCCCUAGUGUUCCAGAUUUUUCUCUUCCAGUAGGAGAUGGCAGUGUCAAUGAAAAGUCUCAGAGACACUCGCUGCGCUACUUCAUGGAGCUCCACCACUCCCUGUGCAAGCUCAUCGAUGGCGCCAUCGCUGUGUGUGGCAAGGAGGAGCUUGGCAGCCUCCUGGCAAAAACGGAGCAGGACCCUGACCCGGACACCGUGCCCACCAAGCCCAAGAGCAUUCCACAAAUUCUGGAGGUGUUCAGAUCGUCCUGUGGAAAAGAGAUGUCGGUGAAGAGCGGGGAAAUCUCAUCUGCCCUGAGCUGCGUCCUCUCCCAGCUCGAGACCUACAUUUACAUUCGCAAGUGUCCGUUCCCCCACGUGAUCCGGACGGGUACCAUCUUCAUUCCGAUGUUGGUGGUCAAGGAGACUUUGUUUCCCCAGCUGGAGGGGGCGCUGGUUGACCAGGUGCUCCAAGAGCACCGGGUGGAGCUGAGGCCCACGACACUGUCGGAGGAGCGCCACCUCACCCAGGUGCAGCAGCGUGGCUGCUCGUCCAAACUGCGGCGGCUGCUGUCCCUCAAACACCUGCCUGACAUCUACCCCGACCUGCUGAAGCUCUACUGUGAUGCCAGCCUGCGGACCCACCUGGGCACAGAAUGCGACGCCCCGGUCCAAACGGAGCCCUCGGAGACCCCAUCAAGUCCUCCUCCGCAUCACGGACAUCAAGCAACAGCCAAGCAGCUGCGGCCUGGGCUCCACUUCCAAAGAAAGAGAAGGAAGGGGCGACGACGAAACCCAUUGAACAGGACCUUUGUGGGCACUUCUGAAAUGGGCCCAUUGGAAAAUGACACCAUCCGGGUGAGGGACAAGAGGGGCAGACUGAAGGCUGCCACACUUAGGGAGACCACGUCUUUUCGAAACUCUAGUCAGGUGACUGUGCAGCAAAUAAAGCCGAAAAAGUUACUCAAAGGCGUCUGGGGCCGGAGGAAGAAAAAGCCUGGCAUGGGGGGCAAGACCAAGCAAAAGAGGGCUUUUGAGAAGAGCCACGCGGCGGGCCUGGUACUUAAGCUGAAGCGUAUGCCUUUGAGAGGCAAGGCCAGUGGCAGGGAGUGUGGCUUCUCGCCUCAAGAGUCGUGUGGGAUCAAAGUGCAGCUCACCGAGGUCACCAGCGAGCAAAGUGGCCGUGCUCCAAAGAAGCCACUGCCCAGGUUGGCCCACGCUGCCCUGUCGUCAAGAAAGCUGCGUGCCUCCGCCACGGCGGGCAGCCUGCGGUCCACCCGCAGCACCUCCAAGGUCCUGCACUUGCGCAGGUCGGUCGUGCAGAUCAAGUUUCGCCGCCUGCUGUCGUUGCGCCCUGGCACACCUCGAGGCCGGAGGCGGGCGCCGCGGGCAGGCUACCCGGACCUCGUGGGCAAGCGCAUUCGCCACCUCUAUGAGGAGAAGGACAAGUCGGAAGUGUGGUACCAGGGGAUGGUGGUGCGUGUGCACGAGAAGCACCCAAACCCCCUCAAGACCGUUUAUGAGGUGAAAUAUGACAGCGAGCCCGAGUGGCAGUACUACCUGGAGCUGCUGCAGGACUACCGUAAGGGUUGGCUCGUCCUGGAGGACUGACGGCUGCCCUGCUCCACCACGGGGACUCCAGCUGUGAAUUUAUGGCCCCCUUGUUCGUUUGUGUGAAUGGCAAUUUUGUACAAGUUCAAUAAAUGUGUUGUUUUUCAG